AUGUAUCUGCCGCGGUCGCUAAUAUCGAAACUCUACACCCAUCUCCAAAACACGCGACAUCCGCUCUCGCCGCCUGUCCUGAUCCUCGUGGCACUCGAGCCCGAUUCGCUCUGCGCCUGCCGCAUUUUGACCCGCCUCCUCAAGCAUGACUACAUCCCUCACAAGAUCCAGCCCGUCGCCGGCUACAGCGACCUCGAAAAGGCCGGCACGGAGCUUGUUGUCCCCAUGAUGGAGAGCCAGGGCGGCAGCGGUGGUGUUGUCGUGUGCCUUGGUGUGGGAGGCAUGGUUGACCUCGGCCCCUUGCUGAAGCUGGAACCCGAUGGCGAGGAAAAUACUUACGGCGGCGUCGAGGUCUGGGUUAUCGACGCCCAUCGACCUUGGAACCUGGGGAAUGUGUUCGGUGGCUUUCCAUUGGAACCGGCCACAGAUAUAUCCAACUCAUACCAGUCCAGGAGCCCCAGUGGCGUGGCAGGUGGGCAGAUUGGACACGGGUAUCAGGCGGGCAAAGGUGGUAUCGUGGUCUUUGAUGAUGGCGAUAUCGAGGAGGACCUCGCUGCCGAACGCAACGCUUACCUUGCCCUGGUAGACAUGCCCGAUGUCGACGAGGACAUGGUCGAAUUGGGCCUCAGCGACGAUGACGACGAGGGGCAGGAUAACUCACACCAAGAUACCACCCGCGCGGGUCAAAAGAGGAAGAGCUGGUCAGACGGACACGACGAGGAUUCGAGUGACGAUGAAGAUCGGCCCCGGCAACGACGCAGAAGCAACUCUUCGAGUCCGAUCCCAAGCUCCCCCCGCCCAAGACAGAGGGGCCUAAUCUCCCUCCGCGACCCCGACUUCGGUUUAUCCAGCGAUGCUAUCGAACCCCCUUCUGCAGCACAACCUCCGCCGGCGCCUUCUGCUCGUACACUUCGGCGAAAGUUGCUCCGUAUGCGCCAAGAGAACGAAUCCGUCCUCCAUCAGUACUACAAGAUGGGCUCGUCGUUUGCGGAGCCCAUAUCCUCGAUGAUGUACUCGCUUGCAUCGGAAUUGGGUCGCGAAGACAACGACCUGCUCUGGCUCACCAUAGUCGGUGUCACGUCCAUGGAGCUGUACGGCAAGUCCUCGGCAGGCGUCGCCGCUGCAAUUCGCGGCACCGAUAGAGGAAGGCCGACGGGAUGGAUGGGGGUCAGAGGAGCUCGCUUGCGACAGCUGUUACGUGAUGAAGUACGGCGCUUGAAUCCACCAGAGGUUACGAACGGCCGGGUCGCCACCGAAAACACGGGUGUCAUCCCCACGACAGCACGGAACCCCGAGGAUACGGCGAUUCGCCUGUCGCCUGAACCCCGAUUUCUUCUCAUCCGCCACUGGAGCCUCUACGACAGCAUGCUGCAUUCUCCUUAUCUCUUCUCGCGGCUCAAGACAUGGAGCGAGACGGGUAUCAAGCGUCUACACAAGCUCCUUGCAAAGAUGGGAGUCAGUUUGGCCCAGUGCAAGCAAAGCUAUACGCACAUGGACAUGAUGCUCAAGCGGGAGCUGAGAGCCAAACUUCUCAAAUAUGGCUCUCUCUACAACCUAGACGAAAUGGUGCCUGCGGUCGACACAGACGGCAAAGAUCGCGCCGGUGCCAAGGACGGAUGGGGUUUCGUCAGAAGCUGGGGAUGGCGAGCCACACUCAGCGCGCAGGACGUUGGCGUGGUCAUAGGCGCCCUCCUGGAGGUUGGCAAGCAUGCGCAGGUAACAGACGUUGCCUACCCUGCGAGCCAAGUGUCCCGCGAAGUGGAAGACGACGCCGAGUACCUUGCUCAAGGUGAAGAGUGGGUCAGCCGGUUCUGGGAAGCGUACGAUGCCUUGGAAGACAUCGACGCCUUAAAGGCCGGCCUACCAACUGCACAAUUUCUGCACCGGGCAAUCUAUCGCACCGGAACGUCCCUCAUUAACAAGAAACAGAUCAAGCACCUGCGAGCUUUCCGCAUGUGUGUCGUCAAGGAUGGGCCGGACGUGGGACUCUUCACUCAUCCAGCUGCUUUAACGAAGCUGUCGCUCUGGAUCGGGGAAGCCCUGGCCGAGCAAGAGCGCGAGGCGCACGGCAAGCUGUCUCACGGCGGACGAGGUACCCCCCUGGUUGUGGCGAGCCUAACCGAGAAGCGCGGUGUGUACAUUGUCGUUGGCACUGGUGGCGGCGGCGGACCCGACACUACAUUUCUCAACCGGGAGGCGGCGAAGAAACGGCGAGAUGAGAAGGAGGCAAAGGCCAAGGCGAAAGAGGAGUCGCGCCGCGCCAAGGAGAAGAUUCGAGAAGACAAGCGCGCUGCUCGACGUGCAUCCGGCCAACAGGAUGACGAUGACGACGAUCUCGAGACGGAAUCAGAGGGCUCGGACGCGUCCGAAUCGGACGACGAGUCAGAGGAUGGCGAUGCCGAACAGGCCAAGGGUUAUGGCCUCAACAAAUUCGGCAGUGCGUUUCAAGAGGUGGUCUCCGAGACCAACGCGCGGGUGCGGAUCGACAGCUUCGAGCACUGUGUGGUGGAGGUGAAGAAGGAGGAUCUUGGAGGCUUCUUGGAGAGUCUGAGCAUGAAGGCUGUUGUUGGCUAG